AUGGGUGAUGUUGGGAAGGGCAAGAAUAUUUUUGUUCAGAAGUGGGCCUGGUGCCAUAAUGUGGAAAAGGGAGGCAAGCACAAGACUGGGCCAAAUCUCCAUGGUCUCUUUGGGCGAAAGACAGGUCAGGCUCCUGGAUUUUCUUACACGGAUGCCAACAAGAACAAAGGUAUCACCUGGGGUGAGGCUUUGGAGAAUCCCAAGAAGUACAUCCCUGGAACAAAAACGAUCUUCACUGGCAUUAAGAAGAGUGCAGAAAGGGCAGACUUGUAGCUUAUCUCAAAAAAGCUACUAACGAGUAAUAGU